AUGAUGAAUCAUCAAUCAAUGAAAGUCAACGACGAUGAAAGUUCUCCUAUCAAUCAAAAUAAAAAUAAUGAUGAUGAUAAUGAUGCUGUCGAUAUGGAUGUCAAUGAACUGAACGAAGAAGAGAAACAAAAUUCUCAUAUGGAUAGUGGUCUUAUAGCUGAAUCAGACGACGACGAUGAUAAAUCACCACAAAUCGAUGAAAGCCCAACUGAUCCCGAAUCGACGAACGAAGGGAUAGAUGAUGUUUCCUAUGAAUUCGAAUAUAAGAAAGACAAAGCAAUAGAAGAAUUGUCGGCUGUAUUCAAAUUACUGAACAUAGAUCCGAUUCGUGACAGGUUUCAAUCAAAACCAAAUCAGGCUCGACGAUCGCUUGUUCUUCGAAAAAACAGUGGAAUAUUCGCUUAUCCACAGUGUCUGCAAGGAACUAAUCGUGCUUUGUCUGACUCAACGAUUGAUGAAGUGGUCAAGUUUUAUCGUGAAGAUGGUAUCAGUCGAGCCUCAUCCAAUUUCAAAGACACGAUUAAAAUCAAUGGACAAUCAGUAGCAGUUCACUUUCUAGAAAUGACUGUGUUGGACGCGUAUCGAAUAUUCAAUGAACAACAUCCUGGACUUGUUGCGCGAUCAACUUUCAAUGCUCUUCGACCACGAGAAGUAAAAACUGCGACACCACAUGAUACGUGUAUCUGUAUAAUUCAUGAGAACAUUGACUUGUUGUUGAAGGCUUGGAACAACCACUAUCAAAAAUGUGCUGGUACAGCUACUUUAUCAGCAACCAAUAAGAUUAAUAUGAAAGAUCUAAUUAAUCAAAUGGUGUGCACAGACUCUAAUGAAAAGUGCUUCAGUGGUAAAUGCAAUAAUUGUUCAUCGGAGAACAUCAGAGAUAUUCUCGCUGGUAACAGUAUGGUGGAUUUGGAUAAAGAAUGUUCAUGGACUCUGUGGAAGAAAGUUAACAAUAAGUUCGACCUUCAACAGAUGUUUGACUCAGUUGAAUCUCUCAUAUCGGAAAUUGAAGAAAGAUGGCCAUCAUUCUUGCUUCAUACACACAUAAACAGAGAACAAUGUGAAUUCAUCAAAGACUUGCGCAGCAAAUCGACGAACGCUUCGUUUGUGGUGGCGCAGAUAGAUUUCUCAAUGAAUUACACAUUGAUACGUCAGCGUGAAGUUCAACAAGGAUUCUUUAGUCAGCACCAAGUCAGCUUAUUUACAAUCCAUCUUACCAUUGGAGAUGAACACAAAAAUUUAGCAAUUAUAAGCAAUUAUAUGGAACAUACAACAGCAUUCGUGCACUGUGCACAAAAAAUUCUCGUUGACUUUAUUAAGAAAAAUUUUCCAUUGGUAAAAAAGAUCAAUUAUGUGAGUGAUGGGGCAUCUGCCCAUUUUAAGAAUAACGCUAGUAUCUUGAACCUGAUUCAUCACAAGCGCGAUUUUGGUUUGGAUGCUUCUUGGACGUUCACAGCUACGGAUCAUGGUAAAGGUACUGGAGACGGAAUUGGGGCAGUGCUAAAGUCUACCGCCAGACGUGAUACACUUUCCAAGAACAUUCUCAUGUCAAACGCAAAGGAUUUUUACGAGUUUUCAAAAAAACAACAACUUGAAACAGCAAAAAGAUCCAACAAAGAUAAUCCUCCUGUUAAUAUCUUCUAUCUUGACUCGGAUGAAGUAGAAAAAGUUAAGAAAACUUACUUAAAAACUAGAACCGAAAAACUUCGAGCAACAGGUACAAUACAAGGUAUUCGUAGUAUGCAUGAAUUUAAGCCAACUGAUCAUUCAACCGUUCAAUAUAGUUUGACGUCUUGA